AUGACCAUCCCCGCGCGCGCUGCAAAUCUUCAGGCCCUCUGCUCAACUUUGGACGACGACUUUAUUUCGGGCCUCGCCUCGCCUCGAACCAGCCCCAAAAACGCGGCCAACUCUCCACGCGCGGCGGCUGGCCGGCGCCACCACACCGGCCAGCUGCCCAAGGACGCCAUCGAGCUCGAGUCGAUCGCGGGCGCGUACUGGCGGGGCGACGAGGCGAGGCCGAUGCUGCAGCGCAUCUACGGCACCGCGUGGGAGAGCGCGGAGCAGCUGGCGGAGCACCGGCGGAUCCAGGAGGAGGCGAAGCGGCGGGACCACCGCGCCCUCGGCAAGCAGCUCCGCCUCUUCUCCAUCCAGCAGGAGGCUGGCGGCGGCCUCGUCUUUUGGCACCCGCGCGGCGCGAGGGUGCGGCGGCUGAUGGAGGACUUUUGGCGCGAGGCGCACACGGCGGGCGGGUACGAGCUGCUCUACACGCCGCACAUGGCGUCGCUCGACCUGUGGAAGACGUCCGGCCACUUCGACUUUUACGCCGACGGCAUGUUUGACCAGAUGGAGGUGGAGGGGGCGCAGUACCAGAUCAAGCCGAUGAACUGCCCCUUCCACGUGCUCACCUACAAGGACGAGAAGCGCUCGUACCGCGACCUGCCGCUCCGCUGGGCGGAGCUUGGCACCGUCUACCGCUACGAGCGGUCGGGCACGCUCAACGGCCUCUUCCGCGUGCGCGGCUUCACGCAGGACGACGCGCACAUCUUUUGCCUCCCGGAGCAGCUCGCCGACGAGAUCCAGGGCCCGACCCGCGUGCUCGACCUGACCGAGACCAUCCUGACAAAGUUCGGCUUCACCGAGUACGAGGUGAUGCUCUCCACGAGGCCCGACAAGGCGGUCGGCUCGGACGAGAUCUGGGACAAGGCGACGAGCGCCCUUCGCGAGGCGCUCGGCGCAAAGGGGUGGGAGUACGACGUCGACGAGGGCGGCGGCGCCUUCUACGGCCCAAAGAUCGACAUCAAGAUCCGCGACGCCAUCGGGAGGCUCUGGCAGUGCUCGACGAUCCAGUGCGACUUCAACCUGCCGCAGCGGUUCGGCCUCGAGUACGUGUCGCCGGACGGCGGGCGCGAGCAGCCGAUCAUGCUGCACCGCGCCAUCUUCGGGUCGCUCGAGCGGUUCUUCGGCGUGCUCAUCGAGUCGACGGCGGGCGACUUCCCCUUUUGGCUCGCGCCGACGCAGCUGCGGCUGCUGCCCGUCUCGGACGACUACCGGCCGUACUGCGACGCAGCGGUGGCGCGGCUCAAGGCGGCGGGCAUCCGCGCGGAGGUCGACCCCGGCGGCCGAUCCGUCGGCAAGCAGAUCAAGGUCGCCAACCAGGACAAGGUGCCCAUCCUGUCGGUGGUGGGCGAGGCCGAGGUGGGCGCGAACGCCCUCAAGCUCGAGAUGCGCAAGGGGGGCGAGCUGGGCGAGCUGCCGCUCGAGCGCGCCAUCGAGGUGCUCGCGGCGGCGGCGGAGAAGGCGGUGGAGCCUAUCGAGGCGCUGUGA